AUCAACGAGGAAAUACCUUUGGAUUCAGUCCAUUCGACACCGAUCAGUUAAGACAGGCCCAAAUUUUAAGUGACAACUAUUUUCGUAUAUCUAGAGAGAAUGCCUCUAGUGAUCCAAUAGCAAAAGUAAUGGAGCAAGCACAACAAGACGCUCAACAAUAUGAUCCAGAAUUGGUUCGUUACGCUCUUAUGGUUUGGGUCGUCCAUGAUCCUGAGGCUCGUAGAAGAAACCUUAAAAUUCCUCCAUUAGGUCAACGUGCUCCUCAUAUUUCUGUACCUAAAUUAGCAAAUGCCGUUUCUGGUGCUUCUGGUACUUCUGGUGCUGCUCCAAAACCCACAACAACAGAUCCUCCAUUGACCAAUCUAGAUUGGUGGAGAGAAGAUCCACAAUUAAGCGAACAUCAUGAACAUUGCCAUAUUGUGUUCCCUUCUUUCCCCGUUAAUGGUGUAAGCAAGGAUCGUGAAGGUGAAAAUUUUGCUUUUAUGCACAGACAAAUGUUGGCUAGAUACGUUGCUGUCGGUCUUCAACCGGUUAAACCAUUAUCCGACUUUUCUGAACGUAUCCCUGAAGCAUAUAAUCCCGAUGAUGAUUUAGUAUUUGAUGCUGAUGGUAACCCGAGCACACCUAAUGCACCGUUCACUCCUCGUUCCGCUGGAAAACAACUUACUGAUUUGGCCGGUAAUGGUCCAAAGGUUUCCACUUUGUUGGAUUAUAGACAAAAACUAUACGAUGGUAUUGGUAAAACUUAUGGUCAAGAUGACAAAUCUGCAAAUAAAUUUGGAAACGAUCUUGAAAUAACAUUACACAAUGCUGGACACGUUAUGUUAGCAUACAUAAUGACUCCAACAGCUGUAAAUAAUCCAAAUACUCCACCUGGUGUCAUGACUGAUCCCCGAACCGCAGCUCGUGACCCCGUAUUUUGGAGAUGGCAUCGUCAUAUUGAUGACGUUUACACUAGAUGGCAAAUUCAACAAGCUCCCUACGAUUUCUCCGAUGCGCCACCUGUUAUUAUCAGAAGUACUGAUAUUAUUUUGGCUUGGAAAGACAAAUUACUUGGUGCAGAUAAAAAUGGAAGUGCUGAUGGUUGGUUAAAUUAUGCUAAACAAACAUUUGGUGGUGCUAAUUUUGAUGCUGAUGUUUCGAGUAACCCGGUUGUCACCAAUGAGCUCCAAACUGAGAUGAGAUCCAGAAAAUUCGUUUGGCUUGAGGAUAGUAAUGACUCUCAAGUUAUUAACUAUUUAUAUCCACGUGAAUAUUGCUAUUUCUUCCGAGUCCAGAACACUACAAAUCAGAACGUUGAUAUUACUAUACGUGUUUUCCUUGCACCCGAAGAACUUGUUAACUCUCGAAUUCACUGGAUUGAACUUGACAAGAUCAAACAAACAUUAAAACCAAACGAAAAGGCUGUAUUUUCUCAAGAUUGUGAUGAAUCAGUGGUAAUUCGAAAACCUGCACAAAAAACUCCUGAAGAAAUGGACGUAACCGCUUUAACGUUCGCUGAACGACAAGAAACAAGUGGUUUAACUGAGGAUAAAUCAUCCGAAACAUUCUUUAGUGAUUGUGGAUGGCCAUUCAACCUUUUGUUACCACGUGGUAACAAGCAAGGAUUUAAAUGUAAAUUAUUCGUUAUGAUUACAGCUGGUGUUAAAGAUGCUGUGAAACAGAAACAUCCAAAUGUUGCACCUAGAAAAUGCGGAAGUUUAAGUUUCUGCGGUGCUCAACAAUGGGAUGAAUUAUAUCCUGAUGCUCGUAGAAUGGUUCGUGAUGUUACAAUCAAAUGGGUCGAUAAAUUCCCUGACGUUUAA